AUGAGUACCAAGUUUCUUAUUGACAUGGCUGAAGAUUAUAAACAGCUAUAUGAAACUAAGGAAAAUUAUGAUGUAAUUAUUUACACCGGUGAAGAGCCAAAUACGGAAGAAAUUCAUGCACACUCUUUGGUUCUUCGUACCAGAUCUACUUAUUUUCGUGGUGCUUUUACUUCUGGUUGGGCAACAAAAGACAAAGAUACUGGCUGUUUCAUCUUCAAGAAGCCUAAUAUCUCUUCAACAAUUUUUGAACUUAUUCUUAAAUUUUUAUAUUGUGGGGAAGUUGAUAUUUAUGAUCAAGAAGGAGAGACGAUUUUGGAUCUUUUGGUUGCUUCAGAUGAAUUUGGUCUUACAAAACUUAUUGAUCAUGUUCAGCAAUAUUUUACUGAUAAUCAGAAAAAAUUUUUACAACAAAAUUCUGUAGGAACGCUUCAUAUUGCCACUCGUCAUGAAGCCUUUAAUGAACUUUUAAAAUCCUCUUUAGAAACUAUUUGUGCAAAUCCUGACAUUCUAUUUGAGAAAACUUUACAAGGAUGUAUUCAAUAUAUUAGAUUUCAUGAAAUUAGCAUGCCAGAUUUUUACCAUAAAGUAUUACCAUAUAUGCCUAUUAUUCCAAAUAACUUAUUCAAAGACAUUUUACGUUGUUACAUGAUUCCAAACGCAGUACCUCUUUAUAAUGUAUUUCCUUCUAGAUCUAAAAUUAACUCAGUUUUAAUUGACAUAACCCAUGCACGUUUAUUCACAAGUUGGAUCAGUAAUGGUAAUAAUAAAAGCACUAAGCAAAUUGAGGAUUAUGAAGUUUUUCAAGUAAUUACUACAAAAACAUAA